AUGUUUAAAUUUGUUGAAAAAUGUUUUUAUAAAAAUGAAUUUAUAUUUUUUAAUUUCCAAAAAAACUUGAUUAAUUUAUAUAUAUAUAAAUAUUUUACAAAAAUAUUUAAAUUGAUUUUUUUGAUACCCGAUAUGACAAUUAUGCUGAUGAGUAUUUUAAGCAGUGUGAUGUUUCUAAUAACCAAUAAUACCUUUGUGAUUGGUAGAGUAAGAUGUGAAGAUAUUAUAAACAGUGAAGAGAUGUCUGCUUUAAUAGAAGAAUCCAAUUCAUUAUUUAGAAAAUUUCAAGUUUGUUUUUUAAAAGAAGUUUUAGAAAACAUAAGAGAGAAUAAUGAAAACAUUUUUAAUGAAAAAGAAGAUUUAAAAAACUGUUUUGUUAAGUUAAAUAAGAUUAAAUUUGAUGAUAAAAGUUAUAAAGAAAAUAUAGUUGAUUUUAUUAACAGUAUAUUUAGAGUAGUAAAUAAUGACACUAAUUUCAAUUGUAGUGAAUUAUUGGAAAAAGAAGAUGUUGAUUUUUUAGAAUCUGUCGAUUCACGCUCCUUUGAAAUAGCUGAGAAAAUGUUGUCCAAUUAUGAAUAUGGAAGUUUUAAAAAUUUAAGGAAUAAAACGGAGACUGAAAGAUUUAUAAAAGUAAACCAAGAAAUUUUUGUUUUAUAUACAGCAGUAAAAAAUCAAUUAAAUGUCUUUAAGUUAGAAACUGAAUAUAAAAAAUACAACCUAUUUAAAGAGAUAAUCGAGUCUUUUUCGGAUUCAACCUCUGGAUGCAAUAUGUGUAGUUUGAACCAGUCUUUAGACUUAUCUGAAACAGAAUCAAUCAAACUUAAGAAAUUAAUAGACAUGAUUAUUUAUUACGAUAAAAAAGUACAUAAAAUUAAUAAAAGGCUUGAUGAAGCAAAUAAAGAAGAACUAACUCUUUGUAAAAAUGAUCUUGAAGUAAUAAAAAAUAAGUUUGAUAUUGAUUUAAAGAAGUACGCGAAAACGGGAGAAAAUUUGGAUCAAGUCUGA